AUGUUCACCCUCGGCUCAUUCCAACAUUGUACCAUCUUUUCUGAGGGAGAUUUUCGCCUCGGUCUCAACAAAGCAUCUAGCCUUACCCGAUUUUUCUUGAGACUCCUGGGAAUGCCUGUCCGCGAGGGGAAGGAUCUAAUCCGCAUCAUCGGGACCUCCGCCGAGGAGCUCUGUGAAUUCUUUGAAGCCCAUGUCCACUGGGAUAUUUUGGAAACAGUUCUGUCGGACAACAUGCGCUUCCCGGACUUGGAGGAGGUGGAGAUCCUGAUUACCGUAUAUAUCGACGACGAUCCGGUGGACGACAACAACGGAAAGGAGGGCGAUGAGUAUGACGAUGACGAAGAAGAGCGCAGUAGCCCACAAUGGCCCAAAGUACACGAGCAGGUUGCUCGUUUUUCUUCCUUUCUUCCGUCUCUACCAGUUACUGUCCAUGUUUCCGUGAUUUCUCAGCCCUCCCAAAGUUGUCAAAACUUUGCCGUAGGCCACCCAGCUCCCUCCCCUGCUUCGAGGAGAGUAAUGGGUGUUGCAUCCUAG